UACCGCUCAUGUGCAUUUGUGCCAACCCCUUUUCAACGGCGUAACGCGCAAGAUAACACGCAAAAUGAUGGUCUUACAAAUGGAGUGACCCCUACUUGGCCUUCGACUAGGUAGAGAACCCCACCUACCUGCAGUGGUCAUUUUGCCCCCUCUUUCGCAGCCACGUUUUAUUAUACGCAAGUACAUACAUAAAUACAUUCUGGUGCGCCUAUUUUUAACCACCCUCGUUAUUAUCCCUCACGUUGGGGCUGCGUCACGUGUAAUCUUACCCCUAACCUCCUCCACAUCGAAACAGCUCAAAUGUGUUUAUUACUCGCCUGCACUAAUGUAGAGAUCAAGAAUGUGCCCCUUUUCCUUUGAACAAAUUUACGCUUUAAGUUUAGGAAGGGUCUCGCCACCGCUUCUACAACUGGACCCGGUCGCACCUCUUCUCGUUUAGCGGCUUGUCUGUUUACGCGUACGUUCCCGCGUAUCUACUGACAACACUGAGAAGGGGGUUUCAUUUCUUUGCUUUUUUUUAUCACCCCUUUGCUGUGACGCAACCGCCGUAGUGACACCCCCCUUUCUGUUUUAAGCAUAUUUUUAAUUUAAGGCUUUUAAAAAUUAGUACCACCCUUUGAUGCUCGCGGCCAGGUGGAAGCAUUGCCCGCUGGGGAAUGACAGCACUCGCGCACCGAGACAGAUACAUACGUAUAUGCACAUACUUACCUCGGCGCGCACCCCACAUGCCCUCGUGACCGCCAUGAGAAACCCAAUCCAGGCGCUCCUCCUCUGUGCACUGCCCCUGAUUCAAAGAGUAGCCAGCUGGUCGGACGAACCGCACAUGCUCAUAGCGUACAUCGCAUACGAGAACUUAAACGACAAUGAAAAGGCAACCAUCGAUCGAAUCUUCGCACACAGUCACGAUAAAGAUUUUGAUAACAUCAUAAGUGCAGCAACAUGGCCAGAUCACAUAAAAACUCCGGACCCCAGGAGAUCCCAUCAUUCAUUCCCAUUCGAAAGAAGCGAAAUUCUAGAUAUCUUUAACGACUGGCAUUAUGUAAAAACGCCUUACAAUCCCACGAAGGUGCAUUUGCCUCCCAAGCAUUUGUAUGGCCAUAAGGGGAAGCAUAACGCAGCAGGAAUUACCAAGCAUAUUUACAGGACCUUGGUCAGCAUUAAGAAGAAGCCCAAGUAUGGUUCCUACUAUUCCUAUAAUUUCUACUUAAAGUAUUUCAUCCAUUUAUUUGCUGACAUUCACCAGCCAUUGCAUACGCUUAAUUUUUUUAAUGGGCAUUUAAUUAAUGGAGACAAGGGAGGAAAUGACAUUACAGUGACGUAUGGAGGCCUCAACGGAAAUAUACAUUACCUAUGCGAUAGUAUCUUUAACUCUAGGAGGAAAAAGUGGCCCACUGUAGACGUACAAAAACUUAAGAGGGAUGCUACCACCUUGAUGAAUUCUUUCCCUGCUCAUGCAUUUAGGAGCCAGCUAAGAAUCCCCAGAGACAAAAUUGCAUACAUAGACACCAUUGUGCACCAGGCCUACGAGUUGGCUCUCGAAUAUGUUUAUAAUAAAUUACCCAUGCAUGAUUUAUCAAAAGACAAAAUAUUUCCCGUUAGUAAAAUGUUCGUGACGCAGCUGAAGAAUGUGCUCAACCAUCAGAUGGUUUUGGCUGGCUACAGGUUGGCGCAGUAUUUAAAGGACAUCCUCGAAAAUGUUCCCGACGAUUUGUAG